AUGGCAGCCGCUACUGAACAGAAGUUGCCUGUCGACCCUAAGUACGAUUCGUACGACUUCCCUACUACCGCCCCCGAGGAUCAGCCUGGCCACCCUGGCCACACAACACCGGAACAAGAUGAGAAGGUCCAGAAGCUGCGCGAGGAUCUCGAGAAGGACGGGUACACUGAGCGAUUGGAUACUCUGACCCUGCUUCGUUUCCUGCGUGCUCGCAAGUUUGAUCUCGUGGCUUCUAAGGCGAUGUUCGUCGGCUGUGAGAAGUGGCGCAAGGAAUUCGGAACUGAUACUCUCCCCGCCACUUUCGAUUAUAAGGAGAAGGCGGAGGUGUCCAAGUUCUACCCCCAAUACUACCAUAAGACCGACAAGGAUGGCCGCCCCGUCUACAUCGAGAAGAUGGGCAAGAUCGACCUCAACGCCAUGUACAAGAUCACCACCGGCGACCGCAUGCUCCAGAACCUUGUCACCGAGUACGAGAAGCUGUCCGACCCCCGUCUGCCCGCUUGCUCCCGCAAGGCCGGCAAGCUGCUUGAGACUUGCUGCUCCAUCAUGGACCUGAAGGGUGUUGGUAUCACUAGCAUUCCCUCUGUCUAUGGAUACGUGCGCCAAGCUUCCGAGAUCUCCCAGAACUACUACCCCGAGCGUCUUGGCAAGCUCUAUCUGAUCAACGCCCCUUGGGGUUUCAGCAGUGUUUUCAGCGUUGUCAAGGGUUUCCUUGACCCCGUCACUGUCAACAAGAUCCACGUUCUGGGCAGCGGCUACCAGAAGGAAUUGCUCGCUCAGGUCCCCAAGGAGAACCUGCCUGUUGAGUUCGGUGGCUCCUGCAGCUGCGAGGGUGGCUGUGAGCUGUCCGAUAUGGGUCCCUGGCAAGAAGCUGAGUGGGCUCGCACCCCUGCCUGGGCUAACAAGAAGGAGGAGGCUGCUGCCCCUGCUGUUGUUGAGAACGAGGACCCCGGAUACGAGAAGAAGGACGCCGAGGGCCAGGAGGGCGUUGAGACCAGUGCUUAA